AUGGAGGAUCGCAACGGACAAGGCGGGGCCGAGCGCCGGUCGGAGCCGGCCCAUGGAGAGGAGCGUACCGACCACACAACGACUUCUCAUUCGACAGUCAACGAUCAAUACGGCAGACUGAAUUUUACCGAGUUGGAUGAGCUGGAGUCCACACAUGUCCCGAGCAUCUCUUCCGUCGAGCUGAGCGUCGACUCUGAUAACAGCGACGCCGAUUCGGCCCUAGGAUUCGACGUAGACAGCGCCUCUUCAUCAGCAUCAGUGGCCUCAAGCAUCUAUAAGUUUGUGGAAGAAUUCGGGCGAACGUAUCAUAAAUACAAGGAAGGGAAAUAUCUGCUUCCCAAUGACGAGCAAGAACAAGGCCGCUUAGACCUACAGCACGCAAUUGCUCUUCGCAUACUCGAUGGGCGCCUCGGCUUAGCCCCGGUAGACAAGCCCCACCGGGUGCUCGACGUCGGCACGGGGACAGGAAUCUGGGCGAUUGAAUUCGCCGAGCGUAACCCGGAGUCGGAAGUGCUUGGGAGCGACCUCAGCCCCAUUCAGCCGGAGUAUGUCCCUUCCAAUUGCCAUUUUGAGAUCGACGACGCCGAAGACGAAUGGAUGUACGGGCAAAAGUUUGACUACAUUCACGGGCGAUACAUGUGCACUUCCAUUUUCGAUUUCCCUAAGCUGUUCAGUCAAAGUUAUGACAGUUUGAAUCCCGGUGGAUGGAUUGAGUUCCAAGAAACAGUCAUUGACUUCAAGGGUGUGGAUGGGUCGUUGGAGGGCACAGCUUUGCAACGGUGGAAUCGUCUGUUGCUGGAGGGCGUCCGGAGGGCGGGGCGCAAUGCCUUGUCUCCGUUCAGUUUCGCGACACAGAUGACUGAAGCAGGGUUUCAGAAUGUCCAGGAGAAGAAGUUCGCGGUGCCCUCUACCCCCUGGGCCAGGGGACGAAACCAGAAGAUACUCGGUGCGAUGCAGAUGACAAACAACCUUGAGGGAGUCCAGGGUAUCACAAUGAAGAUAUUUACGCACGUGUUGGGUUGGACUCGGGAAGAAGCUGAGCUUCUCCUUGUGGAUGUGCGGAGAGAUAUGGCAGACAGAAAUAUCCACGCCUAUCUCACCAUAAUGGCUGUUUGGGGACAGAAACCUUACAAUGCGUAA